CCGUCACGUUCAACGAUCGCCAUAGCCACGCGCGACGUGCGAUCGUCACGCGCAGGCCUAGCAUGACGAGGAAGACUGGGAUCGACGAAAAAUUUAUCGGGCGCCGCGGCACAAACAGCGCAAUUCGAAAGUUGUCCUCCUCAGGGUUUGUUAGGAAAUGGCUGAUCCGUGUUCAUUUUCCGACCCAUCCCAGUGUACGUGUACGCAUAUUAGUUGGUUCGUGAACGUGUUGUUUGAGAAACAGAUCCUCGAUUGUCGCGCUGAGCUGGACUUCGAGGUGAAAGAAAAUGGCGUCAAAACGUUGGUGCUGGAUACUCGAGAUCUGACAAUCGACUGUGUGACAAAUGAGGCAGGAGAGGCCCUUAAACACAGCUUGGGUGAAGAACACAAGGCAUUUGGAAAACCACUUAACAUUGAACUACCUCAUGGAUUGAAAAAUGGUUCUAUGCUGCACAUUAAGAUUAGUUACCAGACUUCUAAUACUGCCUCAGCUGCUCAGUGGCUAACUCCUGAGCAGACUGCCGGGAAAAAUCAUCCGUAUUUCUUCACCCAGUGCCAAGCCAUUCAUGCUCGAAGUCUCAUACCAUGCCAAGACACACCUUCUGUGAAAACACCUUACCAAGCAGAGGUGACUGUUCCGAAAGAUCUUGUUGCUCUGAUGAGUGCUGUGGGAACAGGGAGCAGCUUUGAUACCAAAAAUCCUAAGAAAAAGAUCUACAUGUUCACGCAGAAGGUGGUUAUUCCAAGUUAUCUCAUCGCCCUUGUUGUUGGGGCACUUGUGAGCCAGGAGGUUGGACCACGGUCCAGGGUGUGGACGGAGAAGGAAAUGCUUGAGAUAAGUGCUUGGGAAUUUGCAGAGGUUGAGUCCCAGCUUGCUGUUGCAGAGGAGCUGACUUUCAGUUAUGUCUGGGGGACAUACGACUUGCUGAUUCUCCCUCCUUCUUUUCCAUAUGGUGGAAUGGAAAAUCCUUGUCUUACAUUUGUGACACCCACACUGUUAGUUGGAGAGGGGGGUGGUAGGCCUUUGACUGAUGUUGUAGCCCAUGAGAUCUCACACAGCUGGACUGGAAAUCUUAUCACAAACAGAACCUGGGAACAUUUUUGGUUGAAUGAAGGGUUUACAGUCUUCCUUGAACGUAAAAUUCUGGGAAGAAGAAAGGGUGCAAAAAUGGUUGAUUUUGCUUACAUAGGAGGAUGGAAAACUUUGAAAGAUGCAAUCAAGCAGUUUCCAGAUGGGAGCCCAAAGACCCAGUUGGUAGUAGAUCUGAAAGACACGGACCCUGAUGAUGUAUUCUCCAGUGUGCCUUAUGAAAAAGGCUCCUGCUUCCUAACCUACUUGGAGAGGAUCCUAGGAGGGCCUGAUGUGUUUGAGCCCUUUUUAAAGUCAUACUUGAAAAAGUUCCAAUACGAAACUGUCACAACAAAAGAAUGGAGACACUACCUUGAGGAGUAUUUUCAUGACAAGAAAGAUGUGUUGAAGCAGGUUGAUUGGAACACUUGGCUUCACAAACCAGGUUUGCCUCCUGUAAAAAUGAUAGAGUGGUAUGACACAACCUUGACUAAACCGUGUACCAUCCUUUGUGGCAAAUGGCUGGAGGCCACUGAGGCAGAGCUAGGUUCGUUUUCGCGUGAUGACAUCAAAGACUUCUCGCCAGCUCAGGUGGUUGAAUUCUUGGCUCAGCUCGUGGACCAGACCAACAGCAAACCGUUAGCAAUAUCACAUCUUAAGAGGAUGGAUGAGGUUUACGAUUUGACUCCUUCGAGGAACUCUGAGAUUAAGUUUAGGUGGCUGCGACUUUCUGUGAGAGCCGCGUGGCAGGAGCGUUAUCCACAGACAGUGACGUUCAUUACCAUACAGGGAAGAAUGAAGUAUAUUAGACCGCUGUACAAGGAGUUGUAUGCUCGGGAAGAGUCCAAGGAAUUGGCUGUGAAGACAUUUGAAGAUCACCGUGCCUUCUACCAUCCCAUUGCCGCAGCUAUGAUCGCAAAGGACCUAAACUUAGCUUAAAGAUGCCCGUUUCGCAUGUAACAAAUGAACUCAACAAGCUUGGUGUAGAUGAACACCAAAGACCAGUCUCGUUGGAGAACUAGCUGAACUAAGCAAUCGAUGAAUUAGACGGACGCAAAUCACAAUAAACAUUAUUAAGUGGUUGCAAUAACUACAGCAGCGGCCAAGAAGAAGGUAGAUUAAUAAAGACAAGGAAGUGAAAAGAGAAUAUCAAAUAAGUUAUAGAUUGGUUAACACUUCUACCUUAACUUAAUUUCAUAAAAGGUUGCCGCGGAAUACGAGGCGAAAAAAAAUGAAAAAUAGUUGUAUAGAACCACAUAAUGUAUGACUCUUUUUACAAUGCUUUAUAUUACGUGAUUUUUUAAAAAUGUGUGAAGAACAUAGCCGCAAGUGACUGAAAAAAAGAAGAUGGAUCUAAACAAA